AUGGGGGUAGGCAUUUUAGUAGAUAGUAAGCUAAGGGACCAGGUGGUGGAGGUUAGGAAGGUCAAUGACCGGAUGAUGGCGAUUAAGUUGGUCGUGAGAGGGUAUACUUUGAACAUUAUUAGUGCUUACGCGCCACAAACAGGCUUAGAUAAGGAGGAGAAGAGACGCGUUUGGGAGGAUUUGGAUGAAGUGGUGGGAGGUAUACCGCCCACCAAGAAGUUAUUCGUAAGAGGAGAUUUCAAUGGUCACAUUGGGUCAACCUCGGGGGUUUAUAUUGAUGAACAUAGAGGUUUUGGCUUUGGGGAUAGGAACGAAGGAAGGGUCUCACUUUUGGAUUUCGUAAAAGCUUUUGGAUUGGUGGUAGCCAACUCGAGAUUCCCGAAGAGGGAGCAGCACCUGGUCAUCCCGAGUGAGAACUUUACGACCCAACAUAAGCUUUUGGUGAUGGAUUUGGAAAUUAAGAGGAAGAAGAAAAAAAAGGUUGUGGAUGACUGGGCGAGGAUCGGGUGGGGGAGUCUGACUUCGUCUAGUGCCCAGGAGAUAGGGGAGAAGCUAAUGGCUAUGGGGGCUUAA